UUUUUAACUAAUUCCCGAUUACUGCAAAAAAAAAGCACAAUCAAAAUGGAUAUUGAAAAAGACGGUAUUCAAUUAGAACAAACACUUAGUAGACACACAGUGGAUUAUGAUCUUUAUGUUGAAAAGUCCAACCCUUCUGGUAUUCAAUUAAGUGAUGGUCAUCAGUUAAGACAAGCAUUAGACUCUCGUCAUGUUACUAUGAUUGCUAUUGGUGGGGCAUUGGGUACUGGUUUAUUGAUUGGUACUGGUUCAGCAUUGAAGGCUGCAGGGCCUGGUGCUAUUUUAGUGGCAUACUCUACCAUUGGAUUCUGUGUGUUUAUGGUUAUGAGUGGUUUAGGUGAAGUUGCAACGUUUGUUCCAUUGAAUGGUUUUGCUAAUUAUUGUCAACGUUAUGUGGAUGAUGCUCUUGGGUUUGCCUGUGGUUAUGUUUAUUUAUUCAAAUAUUUGGUUCUUCCAGCCAAUCAAUUGGUUGCUGGGUCAUUAACAGUACAAUAUUGGGUUAGCAGGGACAAGCUAAAUCCGGGGGUAUGGAUUACAAUUUUCUUGGUAAUUAUUUUAGCCGUUAAUUUAUUGGGGGUUAGGUUCUUUGGUGAAAUUGAAUUUUGGUUAUCCACAUUAAAAGUUUUGACUUGUCUUGGGUUGAUUUUGUUAUUAUGGAUUAUCGCUUUAGGUGGUGGUCCAACACAUGAUAGAAUUGGGUUCAGAUACUGGAAAGAUCCAGGUGCGUUCUUAAAGUACGCUGAUUCUUCCAAGGGUUUAGUGAUUGAAGGAUCAAAGGGUAGAUUCGUUGCUUUUGUUUCAGUGUUAGUCACAGCCGUGUUUGCCUAUUUAGGUACUGAAUUGGUUGGUAUUACCUUUAGUGAAACCAGAAACCCAAGAAGAUCUAUUCCAAGAGCUAUUAAGUUGACUUUCUACCGUAUUCUUGUGUUCUACAUCUUGUCCAUUUUCUGGCUUGGUAUGUGUGUUUCUCCAAAAGAUCCAUUAUUAUUGAGUGCUUCAGGUAACACUGCAUCUGCAUCUCCUUUCGUCAUUGCCAUCAAGAAUGCCAAGAUUGGUGGAUUAGAUCAUGUCAUUAACGCUUGUAUCUUACUUUUUGUUCUUUCUGCUGCUAAUUCCGAUAUGUAUGUCUGUUCAAGAACUGUUUACUCCUUGGCUGUCGCUGGUUACGCUCCAAAGUUCUUUACCAAGACAAACAAAUUGGGUGUUCCAUACUAUGGUAUCUUGUUAAGUUUCCUUUUCACAUUAUUAGCCUAUAUGACAGUUUCUGAAGGAUCUGCCGAAGUCUUCACUUAUUUCGUCAACGUUGUUUCCUUGACUGGUUUGAUUGCUUGGUCCUGUAUUCUUGUUAUUCACAUAAGAUUUAUGCAAGCUUGUAAAGCUCAAGGUAUUGACAGAAACAAGGACUUAGCAUACAAGUCACCACUUCAACCAUAUGGAUCGUACGUCGCCUUAGCCAUCUGUGUUUUGGUUAUCUUCAUUAAGAACUUCACUGUGUUCUUGGGUAAGCCAUUCACUUACAAGAACUUCAUCACUGGUUAUAUUGUCUUGCCUGUUUUCUUAAUCAUGUACUUUGGAUAUAAGUUCUGGUACAAGACAAGCAUCAUUAAACUUCAUGAAGUUGAUUUGGAAACCUACAGAGAUGUUGUUGAUGCUGAGUUCGAAAAAUACGAAGCUGAAGAAGCUGAGAAAAAGGCUAUUAGAGAAGCCGAAGGUAAAAGAUUCGACAAGGAAUGGUUCUAUGACAAAUGUAUUGGCUGGAUCUUCUAAGACAUAUAUCCAUGCCUUAUUUAUACUUAAUCUAACUAUUUAUAUUUUGUAAAAUUAAUUGAUACUUGUUG